UGAUCAAAUUCAGCUGUGGCUAGGAGAUGGCAGGAUCUACUGCUACAAAGAUGCUACCUAAUCCCUUACCUUCGAUGGGUGGUGUUAAUUUCCAGAGGAAGGGCCUGUGGGCAGUUAAGAAUCUCAUGUUCUAUUACAGGUAUGAAUCCAGACCUUCUGAAUUAUUGUCCAGUUCCAGAGCUUCCCUAGCUCUCUUGUCUUUCUCAUCCAACUCAACAAAGAUUUGGCCAAAUCUAUGCAAGACACUGCACAAGGUGGUGGGUGGUGGGUGUGUGACUCAGCUUCUGUCGACCCUACCCUCCCUCCACCAAAGCCAAGAAGAGACCAGGAAUGUCUGUCUUUAAUAGUCAGGCCACCAUGCAGAGCCUUGGCAAGGACAACCACAACAACGUGUCUGAGUUCAUCCUCCUGGGCUUCUCCAGUGAGUCACAAGUCAGGAUGGCCCUGUUCACCUUCUUCCUCCUCCUCUACCUCACCACCCUCUUGGGCAAUGGGCUCAUCCUCACCCUGAUCUACUCGGACUCGCGCCUCCACACACCCAUGUACUUCUUUCUCAGUAUCCUGUCUUUAGUGGACAUGAGCUAUGUCACUACCACUGUACCCCAGAUGUUGGUUAAUAUGGUGUGUCCAAGGAGAACUAUCUCCUGGGGAGCUUGUGUAGCCCAGAUGUUCAUCUUCUUAGUUCUGGGCAUUGCUGAGUGUGUUCUCUAUGCCAUUAUGGCCUAUGACAGGUAUGUGGCCAUUUGCUUUCCCCUUCACUAUACCCUACACAUGAGCCAUCCCACUUGUAUCAAGAUGGUCACAGUCUGUUGGUCCAUCAGCAUAACUGGGGCCCUGAUCUAUACUGUCUUCACCAUGCGCCUGCCUUAUUGUGGCCCUCACAAGAUAAAUCACUUCUUCUGUGAGGUCCCUGCUGUCUUGAAGUUGGCCUGUGCAGACACAUCUCUCAAUGAUCAUUUGGACUUCGUCUUGGGUUUCAUCCUGCUUCUGGUCCCACUGUCCCUUAUCCUGGCCUCUUAUGUCCAUAUCUUUGCCUCCAUAUUAAGAAUCCGCUCAUCCCAGGGCCGGCUCAAGUCCUUCUCUACAUGUGCUUCCCACAUCACUGUGGUUACCACAUUCUAUGGGCCAGCCAUGGUGAUGUAUAUGAAGCCUGGAUCCUGGUAUGAUCCAGAGCAGGACAAGAAGCUGGCCCUGUUCUACAAUGUUGUCCCUGCCUUCCUCAACCCCAUCAUCUACAGUCUCAGGAACAAGGAUGUAAAGGGAGUCUUUUUGAAAGUACUUGGAGACAGAAGGACAGCUCAGUAA